GCUGGCUAGGGGUUGGAUCGGCCUUAGUGACAGGAACCAGGUGGACGAGUGGAAGUGGACCGACGGUCGAGCUGUGAAAAUCACCAACUGGGAAUCAGGUGAGCCAAACGGGGACGGUGAGAGCUGCGUCGAGAUGUACGUGAACACCUGCACGUGGAACGACGUGCCUUGCUCCGACCUGAAAACAUACGCCUGCAAGAUGCCCGCUGCUGACUCGCCUAUCGGCACUGUCAGCACCACCACCGGGAUACCUGACACGUCAGCGUGCGGCUAUGACUGGACCGAGAACCCAGAGACUGGCGAGUGUUACCGCGUUGAAGUCCAGGAAUUGAGCUUCCUGGACGCCCAGCUCCACUGCAAAGAACUCUACUACUCCGAGGGGCAGUCCCGGCCAGACCUGGCGUCCAUAUACUCUGUGCAGGAACAGAUGUUUGUUUACCAACUGGUGGCGGGUGAGCACCUCAGCCAGAUCGCCGUGUGGAUCGGUAUGGUGAACAACUAUUACUCCAACUACUGGACGGACGGCACACCCAUCGCUUACUACAACUUCCACGACGGCGAGCCCAACAACUACUGGAGCGAGGAGUGCGUGGAGAUGUACUCGUCAAAUGGAAAGUGGAAUGAUUUCUAUUGCGGUGGUCGACUCCCCUUUAUCUGCGAAAAGAAAGGGAGAAAUUAUGUCGGUCCUCAGCCUCCACCUCCUCCCACGACCCGAUGCCCCAGCGGGUGGGAGUACUUCGACAACUUCUGUUACUACUUUUCCACCGACACGGCUGACUGGUUCACGGCCGAGACCACAUGUACCAGCAUGCUGGGCAGCACCCUGGCCUCCCUCACCAACCAGGACGAGAAUGACUUUAUGUUUGGGAGGUUAUCAGCCAUGGAGGCAAACGGCUGGAUUGGCCUUCGAGAUGACGACAAUGGCGAAAACUGGCACUGGGUUGACGGCUCCACGUUUUACUGGGACAACUGGGGUGAAGGGGAGCCCAACAACGCCGGUGAUGGGGAGCACUGUGGGGAGAUUAAAACACAUGACAGUUGGAACGGUUGGUACACUGGCAUGUGGAACGACGCUGAGUGCGGAAACCUUAACCACUACGUGUGCAAGACGAGCGUCGUGACAUGCCCGGACUCCUGGGUGUACAAGGACGGCAAGUGUUACUACGUGAGCGACUCGGAGGCAACCAAUAGCGAGGGUCAGAUCAAGUGCGAGCUGGUGAACACGCGCGCCAACCUGGUCAACAUACACUCAGCGGAGGAAAACCAGUUCUUCAUGGAGCAGCUAAAACAUGGCAGUUCCUCUUGCUGGAUUGGGCUGCACUACAACGGGAGCACGUGGGUGUGGAACGACGACAACCAGACCGAGUAUGUAAACUGGAACCCCAGUGAGCCCAACAAUAUUGAGACGGAGACGUGCGCGGAGAUGAUCGACUACCCCGGCGAUGAAUCCCUUGGGAGGUGGAACAACCUGGCCUGCUCGGAGAGUCGGGCCUACGGCUGCGAGGUGUACCCGACUCAUGAAGUCGGCUGUGAGGAGGGGUGGUAUUCCUUUGGGGACUACUGCUAUUGGCAUUCUUACCAAGAUUACUACAACAGCCUCGAGCUGACCUACGACCAGGCCCAGCAGUACUGUCAGUCCUUGGGAGCCAAUAUUGCCUCCAUCCACUCGGCCGAAGAAAACGAUUUCCUCUCCAGCUAUGCCUACGCCUCAUACUACUACUCGUUCAUCGGCCUCUCGGACACCGGGCACACAGAUGUGUUCACGUGGGACGACGGCACAGAGGUCGUCUUCACGAGCAUGGUCGGUUUCUCCUACGCGGAAAAGCAACACUGCGUCUCCUUUGAUUAUUAUGGUACGGAUUGGAAGUUCAUAAACUGUGACGAUGCCUCAGACUUCUUCUGCAAGAAACCACAGGAGGCAACACCAAUCAACCCCGACACGAAUGGCUGUGACAAGGGUGACGCCUACCACGAGACGUCCUGCUACAGCUUCCCCGGCACCUCCGACACGUGGGACAACGCCAAGAGUGACUGCGAGAGCCGCGGCCAACACCUCGUCGUGCUGGCCAAUCAGUACGAGACAGCCUACUUCUCGGCUCUCGUCGGGGAGCUCGGUCACAGAGUUUGGCUGGGGAUGACCGCGGGCAUAGCGGCGGACGGCAGUGUUACCUACACCUGGAUCACGGGGGAAGACGUUGGUUACACCUUCUGGGACAGAUACGAGCCAGACUCGUCACACGGGACCUGCGUCUCAGCCUCCGGGGACAAGAGCUUCCCCGGCCUGUGGGCUGUUAGCACCUGCUCCGACUCCUUCCAGUACGCCUGUGAGUAUGAGCGCGUUGGCUACACCACCGCGCCGCCGCCCACCACCAAGCCGCCCUCCUUCUACUGCCGCUACGGGUGGGAGCACAAGGGGGAACGCUGCUACAAGGUGAUGCAGAACGCGUCCUCCUGGGGUGACGGGGAGGCCAGAUGUGAGCUCUUCGGGGCGCACCUGGCCAGCGUGGGGAGCGACAUAGAGCAGCAGGUGUUACUGAACUUGCCGGGCAUGGAGGAGGCGGCGAGCCAGUACGGCAACGUGUGGGUGGGCCUCAUGAUGACCUCCCAGGAGACAGGCUACGAGUGGACGGACGGCUCGCCCUCAGACUACUUGAACUGGGCGGAGGGUCAGCCCAAUAGUCACGAGGGACGCGAGGCCUGUGGAUCGGCCGACGCCACGACGCUCAAGCUGUCCGACAGUGUGUGCCUCACCCACCUGCCCUUCAUCUGUGAGGCGCCCAUCGGCGCUAUGCUGACCACCGCCACCGUGCCCACCAAGCCACCGAUCCACAAGUGCUCGGACGACGACACCUGGUACCUCUACAACGGGCACUGCUACAAGUUCAUCUCCACCGUGGACGAGCCGGGCCAGACGUGGUAUGGGGCUCUGGCUGUGCCGGGAAGAUGGAGGGAGCUGGCGUCCAUUCUUACCGAGGACGAGAAUUACUGGAUUGAGUCUAUGAUCUACGAACAGGCGGGGUUGGUGAUGUGGACAGGAGGGCGGGCGAAGCUGGGCACGGGCUAUGAGUGGCUGGACGGUGAACCCUUCGUCUACGAUAACUGGGCCUUGGGCGAGCCGAACAACGUGAAUGACCAGGAGGACUGCAUCUGCAUGUACACCAACAACUACGGCUACUGGAACGACCAGAACUGUGGCCACACCUCGGGUCGUAUCUGCAAACGGCCCCAAGGCGUGACCCAUCCGCCGCCCCAGACAACCAAGGCCCCUGACGGUCACUGCCCCGAAGGCUGGAUACACACAGGCACCAAAUGUGUGUACUUCAUCAUGGAUCGGAUGAACUUCACCACGGCAAGACAGGUGUGCCAGAAGUUGAGCAAGGACAACCAGCUGGACCUGGCCAGCAUCCACUCCGUCGGCGAGCAAGCGUACCUGACGGCGGCGAUGGUGACCCUGGACCAACACUUGUGGAUCGGGAUGCGCUACGAGUCUGGCUUCGUGUGGGUGGACCAGACGAGGGUCAGCUACACCAACUGGGGACCCAACGAACCCAACGGCGGCCAGGGCGUGGAGGAGUGCGUCGAGGUGAGCUCCGAGACGGGCAGGUGGAACGACAUCAGCUGCUCCGACGAGUUUGGCGCCAUUUGUAUGAUGACUCAAGACCCCAGCCUGCCUGACCACCACACCCUCAACAACUGCCCGGAGCCGCACUCCGCCUACACGCAAUACAACGGGGCGUGCUACAGGGCCGUCGACACCCCGCAAAAGUGGGAGGAGGCCGAGGCGACCUGUGCCGGGGAGGGCGCCCACCUCGUGUCCAUCGUGACCAUCUCCGAGGACAGCUUCGUUUGGGCGGCGGCGCAGCAGAACGCCUUCGCCGCCGUAUGGACGGGCUUCACCAACAAGGAUGACUUGGAGACCUUCACGUGGUCAGACGGCUGGCCGACGACCUUCACCAACUGGGGCCGUCACGAACCCAACACCAGCCUGUCGAAUUGCGUCGCCUUGGACGUGACCGACGGUGCCUGGUACACCAAGGCCUGUGACGACGCGUACACGUUCAUCUGUAAAUACACGAACGCGACGGUGCCCACCCCCGACCCGCCCGUCACCGGCUACUGUCCCGACGACCGCUGGACGGACCUCAACGGCGGCUACUGUUACCUCUUCUCCAACGACACCACGACCUGGAGCAACGCCAACAAGAUAUGUCUGCAGGAGAUAUCAAACCUGGCCUCCAUACAUUCGCAGCAGGAGAUGUGGCUGCUCAAGCAGCGCAUGGAGGUAUACAACGAGCCAGUCUGGAUCGGCCUGGUGGAGGUGGCUGGCGGCGGUGAGGGUUGGAGCGACGGAACGAGCCUGAACUACAUCAACUGGCAGACUGGGAACCCAACAGCGGGGGAGCAGUGCAGUCGUCCUCACACCGGCAAGUGGAACGACGCCGAAUGCGACGCCAAACGCUACUACCUGUGCAAGACCAAGAAGAUCCAGGAAGACAAACCUACAGCUCCCGUGGUGCCGACAACAACAGUCAAGCCAAUCGGCGGUGGAAACUCAGGACUCUCAGGGGGCGGCAUCGCUGGCAUCGUCAUCGCGGUGCUGUUCGUGGUGGCCGCCGCCGGCUUCGUGGGCUACUCCUACAUACAGAAGCAACCCAAGGGCGCCAGGGACACCGAGCGGCAGCGACACAGCGUCGAGAAUGCCACGUAUGAAGAAGGCACCAGCUCGGGCAGGGCGGGAGGGGCUGGAGGCAGCGUCAAGGUAGCCGGAGUCUCGGGCGGCACCGAAGCGUAAUGAAGCACAGCCAAACCAUUGCAUGUAGCCCACCAUUGGCUAGUUCAUGUCAAAUAUCAUCUGUACUUCAUUGGUAUUUAUUUACCAUCUCUCCUCCUCAGUUUAUAUCUUACCAUGAUCACUUAUAUAUUUCAUGUUGUUUCCUUCUUCGCCUCUUCAUGCAGAAUCGAGGAAACGCGACGUGGAAAUAAGCUUCAUUUUUUUUCUUGGAACAAGCUUCGGUUUCGUUUCCGUCAAUGUAAGGUUACAUAAUACAUAGGAAUACAUAGGAAGAACAGACACCAGAAGACCUGGCUGCCUGUGGCGCUACUACUAGUAAUCUACGUGUGGUAGAACCACAUAUAGAUAUAAAGGGUUCCCAGAGCCUGGAUUUUGAAGCAACUGGCGGCCAUCUUAGGGUGACGGAUGGCGAGACAGAGAAAUUUAACAUCACAUAGUUAAAUCUGCUACAAGUUACCAGCGCCUCGGCGAUCCUCUGUCAGAUAGACUUUUAUUUUCUUGUCCAUUUUUUACCCCCUGAUUAUUGUUAGAUUGGUACAUGUCAUAUACCAUCUGAAUUGGAAAAAUGUGAAUAUGAAACUGUAAACGAAAAUCUAAUGCAAUACAAAGUACAUGAAUGACAAGUUGAAGCAAAAAAGGUGAACAAAAAUGUUUAUACACUACCAUAUUUUUUUCUCAUUAUUUUAUUGUAGGUAUACCUAAGUGCAAUAAAUUUGUGAUCAUGAUAUACAGCAAUGUCUCAUCAACACGAUGAUAGGCUCAGGUUUCCAAAAUAUCAUAAUGGUGGCUAGCUAAUAGUGGUUAAGUGUAAACAUGUGGAAUCAUGGAAAGGUCGCCAAUCCGUCACUCUAUGGCGGCCGACCACAGUUACAGGCAGGAGUAGUGGCUUCACCUCUCACCGUGGCGAGAAAUGGAGUUGAACCCUCUUGUAUAUAACUCAGUGGGUAGGACCCACCUCUCCCUCCGGCAACGUGCCAGCAGGAAAUAGUUAGAAGAGAACACCAUGUGCCUUUAAGGAAGAAAGGGACAUGGAAAUUUUACAGUAAAGAGAGAAGUAAAAGGAAAUUACUACCCUUAACUUACGAUACUGGUGACCUAAGGUGUGGGAUAAAUUUUUAAGUCUUCAGGUUGUAGGCGUGCUGCAGUGUGCCUGAAACAUACGAAAAAGGGUCAGUAAAAUCCUAUGUCCCUGAAGUGCUUAUCCAAUGAAGACUUGAAGCUAUUGAUACUCUGUGCUCUAACUACUGUACCCAAUUUUGUUAGUUCUUCUGUUACGACCAAGGAGUGUAAGGGUUUGACUCUGGUUACGAUCCCUGUGUGUGUGUGUGUGUGUGUGUGUGUGUUUGUGUGUGUGUGUGUGUGUGUGUGUGUGUUUAGGAUAACGAUAGGAAAACAUUGAAUGAUCGUACGUUGUUG